AUGUCCUUUCCUUCUCUUUCUGUAUUUUAUAUCCUCUUUCCUUCUGCCUAUGUCCUUUCCUUCUCUUUCUAUAUUUUAUAUCCUCUUUCCUUCUGCCUAUGUCCUUUCCUUCUCUUUCUAUAUUUUAUAUCCUCUUUCCUUCUGCCUAUGUCCUUUCCUUCUCUUUCUAUUUUUUAUAUCCUUUUUCAUUCUGCCUAUGUCCUUUCCUUCUCUUUCUGUAUUUUAUAUCCUCUUUCCUUCUGCCUAUGUCCUUUCCUUCUCUUUCUGUAUUUUAUAUCCUCUUUCCUUCUGCCUAUGUCCUUUCCUUCUCUUUCUAUAUUUUAUAUCCUCUUUCCUUCUGCCUAUGUCCUUUCCUUCCAUUUCUACAUAGGCAGAAGGAAAGAGGUUAUAUACUCUCUUUCCAUAAAUUUAAAUCUCUCCUUGUUAUACAAUAUCCUUUCUUUCUCCCUCUCUAUUAUUCCCUGUCUUUUCCUAUAUUUUAUCUUCUCUUUUCAACAGUUUCUACUCAUCUACCUUCUGCCUAUGUCCUUUCCUUCUCUUGCUAUAUCUUAUCCUUUCUUUCUUUCUUACUACAGCCUUUCAUCCUUUCUACAUUUUAUACCCACUUUCCUCCUGCCUGUCUUUUCCUACCCUUUCAACAUUUUAUACCCUCUUUCUUUUGCCUAUGUCCUUUCCUAUUCUUUCAACAUUUUAUACACUCUUUCAUUCUGCUUAUGUUCUGUCUCUUUCUACAUUUUAUGCCCUUUUUUCUUCUGCUUAUGUCCUUUCCUUCACUUUCCACAUUUUAUACCCUCUUUCCUUCUUCCUAUGUCUUUUCUCUCUCUUUCCACAUUUUAUACCCUCUUUCCUUCUUCCUAUGUCUUUUCUCUCUCUUUCCACAUUUUAUACCCUCUUUCCUUCUGCCGAUGUCCUUUCCUUCACUUUCUAUAUUUUAUAUCCUCUUUCCAUCUGCCGAUGUCCUUUCCUUCUCUUUCUACAUUUUAUAUCCUCUUUCCUUCUGCCUACGUCCUUUCCUUCUCUUUCUACAUUUUAUACCCUCUUUCUUUCUUCCUAUGUCUUUUCUCUCUCUUUCCACAUUUUAUACCCUCUUUCCUUUUGCCUAUGUCCUUUCCUUCUCUUUCAACAUUUUAUACCCUCUUUCCUUCUUCCAAUGUCUUUUCUCUCUCUUUCCACAUUUUAUACCCUCUUUCCUUCUUCCUAUGUCUUUUCUCUCUCUUUCAACAUUUUAUACCCUCUUUCCUUCUUCCUAUGUCUUUUCUCUCUCUUUCCACAUUUUAUACCCUCUUUCCGUCUUCCUAUGUCUUUUCUCUCUCUUUCAACAUUUUAUACCCUCUUUCCUUCUUCCUAUGUCUUUUCUCUCUCUUUCCACAUUUUAUACCCUCUUUCCUUCUGCCGAUGUCCUUUCCUUCACUUUCUAUAUUUUAUAUCCUCUUUCCAUCUGCCGAUGUCCUUUCCUUCUCUUUCUACAUUUUAUAUCCUCUUUCCUUCUGCCUACGUCCUUUCCUUCUCUUUCUACAUUUUAUACCCUCUUUCUUUCUUCCUAUGUCUUUUCUCUCUCUUUCCACAUUUUAUACCCUCUUUCCUUCUGCCGAUGUCCUUUCCUUCACUUUCUAUAUUUUAUAUCCUCUUUCCAUCUGCCGAUGUCCUUUCCUUCUCUUUCUACAUUUUAUAUCCUCUUUCCUUCUGCCUACGUCCUUUCCUUCUCUUUCUACAUUUUAUACCCUCUUUCUUUCUUCCUAUGUCUUUUCUCUCUCUUUCCACAUUUUAUACCCUCUUUCCUUUUGCCUAUGUCCUUUCCUUCUCUUUCAACAUUUUAUACCCUCUUUCCUUCUUCCAAUGUCUUUUCUCUCUCUUUCCACAUUUUAUACCCUCUUUCCUUCUUCCUAUGUCUUUUCUCUCUCUUUCAACAUUUUAUACCCUCUUUCCUUCUUCCUAUGUCUUUUCUCUCUCUUUCCACAUUUUAUACCCUCUUUCCUUCUUCCUAUGUCUUUUCUCUCUCUUUCCACAUUUUAUACCCUCUUUCCUUCUGCCGAUGUCUUUUCUUUCUCUUUCCACAUUUUAUACCCUCUUUCCUUCUGCCGAUGUCCUUUCCUUCACUUUCUAUAUUUUAUAUCCUCUUUCCAUCUGCCUACGUCCUUUCCUUCUCUUUCUACAUUUUAUAUCCUCUUUCCUUCUGCCUAUGUCCUUUCCUUCUCUUUCUACAUUUUAUGUCCUUUCCUUCUCUUUCUACAUUUUAUAUCCUCUUUCCUUCUGCCUAUGUCCUUUCCUUCUCUUUCUACAUUUUAUAUCCUCUUUCCUUCUGCCUAUGUCCUUUCCUUCUCUUUCUACAUUUUAUACCCUCUUUCUUUCUUCCUAUGUUUUUUCUUUUUCUUUCCACAUUUUAUACCCUCUUUCCUUCUGCCGAUGUCCUUUCCUUCACUUUCUACAUUUUAUAUCCUCUUUCCUUCUGCCUAUGUCCUUUCCUUCACUUUCUAUAUUUUAUAUCCUCUUUCCUUUUGCCUAUGUCCUUUCCUUCACUUUCUAUAUUUUAUAUCCUCUUUCCUUUUGCCUAUGUCCUUUCCUUCUCUUUCAACAUUUUAUACACUCUUUCAUUCUGCUUAUGUUCUGUCUCUUUCUACAUUUUAUGACCUCUUUUCUUCUGCUUAUGUCCUUUCCUUCUCUUUCAACAUUUUAUACCCUCUUUCCUUUUGCCUAUGUCCUUUCUUUCUCUUUCCACAUUUCAUCUUUUCUUUCCUUUUCUCUAUACCAUCUUUUCUUUCCUUCUCUCUAACACCAUUCUUUCUUUUCUCUUUACACUAUCCUUUCUCUUUCAUCUAUCUUCCUUCCAUAUAG